AUGGAAUCCUCGAAAAUUCUCUUGGUGUGGACAAGCCCAAUAUCAGAUGUAGUAGCAGAGCUAUUCACCAAUGUAUCUGUGAAACUGUCUGAAUUGAUUGACUGUAUUACAAACAGUAUAAUAGCAACAGAUUUAUUUCAUCUAAUAAUUCCGUUAGAUUCUUUGCAAAAAUUAAUCGAAGAUCCAGUCUAUCACUUCCCCCAAAUACAGUAUAUUGAUGUUUAUUUCGAUGAUUUGGAUGAUCCAUUUGUGAAGCAAUUCUGUCUUCUCGUUCAACAUGAUCAUCGAAUCAAAUUUCAUUCUAUACAAGAUCUACCUCAACGCGUGUGUAAAAUCAUCUGCGACAAUGCUGUAGCAGCAAUAUCUGAUUCAUUAUGCAGAGAAAUCGUUUAUGCUUUGUCUUCAUCUAUCGAAAACCGUAUUGCUGCUAAAAGUGCCUCAAUGUUACUUCGCCAAUGUAAGACAUCGAAACAAUUUCCUCUAGCUGAUGUUAGAGGAUUUCCUGUGAAGAAUAUUGCUGAAGUUCACUCAGACUUCAAAUGUUCUUCUUGUCAGCUAGUGUUUGAAAAGCUGUAUCCACUUGAAUGCGGACAUCGAAUGUGUUCUAUAUGUGUGAAAGUUCGAACGAAAUGUGCCAUUUGUUCGAUAACUAUCACGCCAAAUAGAAUUUCUGUUGAUGACAACAAUCGGCAAACGACUAUGAAAGAUGAACGGGCAGUUUGUUCAGACUGUGAUUGGUCAGGGUCGCUGGGAGUUUAUUAUCAAGAACAUUUCAAAGUUAAACACCAGCAUCUAUGGACAUGUUCUGUUCGAAAUUCUGACUGCAGUAACCAUGCUUGGGUAUUGAAUUCAGAGUACUCAACAACAACAUUGUUGGAUGGUACAGGCAUUUGGAGAAUUUCUGAUGUCGAUGCUCUGAAAAAAAAUCCAGAGAAAGCGAUAUAUUCCAGUCCAUUCUACCUUUUUCCUGGUGGAUACAAAGCAUGUUUGAAACUGUAUUUAAAAGGCAAUGGCCAUGCACGACACACACACACAUCGGCAUUUCUUGUUCUCAUGUCAGGUGGCUACGAUGAACAUCUUCGGUGGCCAUUUCAAUAUCAAGUGACAUUUACUUUGCUCGAUCAUGUCUCAGCUAAGUAUAAUGUGUCAACGUCUUUUUUACCUGACAAAACAUCGAGUUCAUGCCAACGUCCAUUAAACACCAUGAACACACCGCAUGGCGUUAUCAACUGCUUUUCGCUAGAUUCAUUAGACAAAUAUCAACAUCAUUAUGUGGAGAGUGACACAAUUUAUAUAAAACUUCAAGUGAAUUUCUCUGCAGAAAUGCUACUUUCACCGUUAAUGCCCGGUGUAAACGAAUCCUACGAUGAUGAAGAAAAGAACACAACAUGA